UCCUUCACCUUCAAAUUGCAUGUAGGGUCGCUUGGUCACGUGUUAGGCAGCUAUCAGUCGUCUUUCGCGCUAAGAUCCGACCAUGACCCCCGUAGCACAAUUUCCUUCGGCAUCACUACUCCUCUUUCCUCCACCCAUUUCCGUCACGACUUGCUACAGAAGCAGCCUAACACCAUGACAGACAAACUCCCGCCUAUGCUGCUGCAGCUGUUCGCCCCGCGGCCACCACUGCGCUGGGUUGAGCCGAUUGACCACGCGCCCGAGAAGCGUCAGAGUGCGAACAUAGGUGGUAUCGGCCAGUUCAUGCAAGCUAUGCGAGACUACAAAGACAACGAUGGUUACGUGCCGUCCGACAGUUGGUUGCAAAAGCGCGACCGCAAGAAGAUGGAAAAGAAGGAGAAACAAGAGAAGCUCGUGCAAACAGCUGCUCAACAAUACAAACCCAGCGAAGACCCCAAGAUUCAAGGGGAUGCUUUCAAGACGCUGUUCGUCUCGCGAUUGUCUUACCACGCGACUGAGGAAGACCUUGAGCGCGAAUUUGGCCGCUACGGUCCAAUUGAAAACAUUCGUAUCGUCGAAAACGUCAAGGCCGCCGCCGAUGCCCCAUUGAAGAAGCGCAAAUGCGGAUACGCUUUCAUUGUCUAUGAGCGCGAGAAGGAUAUGAAGGCUGCGUACAAAGAGACCGACGGCAUAAAGAUCAAGGAUCGCAAAGUCAUGGUUGAUGUUGAGCGCGGUCGUACCGUCUCUGGGUGGCGACCUCGCCGUUUUGGAGGUGGCUUGGGUGGGCGAGGCUACACCAAAAACCAAACUGCCCGUCCAGGUGGCUCGGCCGGAUUUGGCCCUCCUGCCGGUCCUGGUGGCUUUGGGGGUCGAAGCGGAGGGUUUGGAGGGCGCUCAGGUGGUUUUGGAGGCCGUGGGGGAGGUGGCGGCGGUUUUGGCGGCGAUCGAAAUGGUUUCCGAGGCGGUUUUGGAGGAAGUGGCCGCGGGGGUGGUGGGUAUGGGGGUGGCCGCGCAGGUGUUGGCUACGGGCCUCCUGAUGGAGCACCUUCCGGUCCUCGGGGUGGACGAGGCGGUUACGGUGGUGAUCGCGGAAGUGGAGGUCGCUAUGGGGACGACCGUCGCAGCUAUGGUGAUCGCGACCGCGGAUCCAGUGGCGCAAACAACGAGCCUCUGGGUAGCAGGGAUAGGUUCCGAGAUCGAGGUGACCGAAAUGACCGAAGUGACCGCGGCGAUCGUGACCGCGGCGAUCGUGAUCGCGAUGGUGGGUAUGGAGGUGGUGGUGGUCGCGAUGACUACAACUCUCGAAAACGCGGAUACGAGGGUGACAGUUAUGACGAUCGGAGCCAGCGAAGGAGAUACUAAGCUACCCUUGGCUGCCCAGUACGUUC